ACACACUCUCUCUCCCAGACACACAAACACACACACACCGCAGAGAUAAGAGCUCCAGCGCCGCUGACUGACCGCCGAUAGCCGACCCUGACCCGCUGCGCCCGGCUGAUGCGUGAGGAGUGUGUUCAUCAGCAGCGUCGAGUGUGUUCUCCUCAUCCUCCGUGUCUAAGGAGUGUGUGUAUGUGUGAGGAUGAGCUGCGGAGACUCGGGCAUCAGGAGGAUCCUCCGCGCGUCCAAGCGCUUCAGGUCCACCAAAGGAGCAUCUAAGGCGCGGCGUGAUCAGAUGAACAGUGAGAUACGGAACCUGCGAGCGCUGCUGCCCAUCAGCCCAGAGCACAGACUCUCAUACCUGCACAGCAUGAGCAUCACCUGCACCUACAUCAGGAAGAGUGUGGAGCUGAGAGGUGUGUGUGAGGAAUCCAACGGUUUUUCUGCCGUGAAUGGAUGUGUCCCGCAGGACUGUGCUCUACAGGACUGUGCUCUACAGGACUGUGCUCUGCAGGAGUGUGUUCUGCAGGAGUGUGUUCUGCAGGAGUGUGUUCUGCAGGCUCUGCCGGGGUUUAUCGUUGCCUUUACCACAGAUGGAAAACUGCUGUAUGUGUCUGAGAACGUACACGAGUAUCUGGGUCUGUCCAUGGUGGACGUUCUCCAGAGCGACUCUUUCUUCGAUAUGCUGGACCGCAGUGAUGUGGAGGCGGUGAGGAGUGUGUUAGCUGACGCCAGUCCUUCAGGAGAGCGGUGGGUUGUGUGUCGUAUGCUGGUGUCUAAAGCGAUGCGUCUGCGGAGCUCCUGCUGCCCCCUGCUGGUGCGGAUCCGUCUGCGGGACGGAGUGUGUGUGUCGCUCUGCAGACCCACCGCUGACCGGCUGCCGGCGCGCGACGCUGACUUCCACACACACCACAGCGCAGACAUGAGGCUCGCCAGCGCAUCCUCCAGUGUGUUGUUCCACCUGGGCUUCUCAGCGGACGAGCUGAUUGGUCGAUCCUGGUACGAGCUCCUGCACCCCGACGACCUCCGACACGCCGCUGACCGCCACGCCGCAAUCCUUGCAGCCGCCACAGCAGACGCAGAGAUGCUGAUCCGGGUUCAGUGUAAGGAUCUGUCCUGGGUGUGGAUGUACACACACGCAUCAGCAACAGCAGAGCGGGACGCGAUCAGCUGCUCCAACUACAUGAUCAGUGAAGCAGAGGCAGUGUAUCUGCAGCAGAGACUCUCCUCCUCCUCCUCCUCCUCCUCCUCCUCCUCCUCCUCUUCUGCCUCUCCUCAGUGUAGCUCCGUCUCGGACAGCAGUGAUGCUCACAGCGCACACACACUCUUCUGCACGCCACCCUACAGCCCCACUUCCUCUCAGUGCUCUGACUUCCUGUCUGAAGGUUAUGGCUCUCUGGAGGCGCUGGUGGAUUCUGCCUUCUGCUCUCCGCCGUACCCGCCGCUGUUCCCCAACCCAUGCUGCACCCCCACUGUCUGCCCACCGGACACUGCCCUGGACCCCGCUCGGCUCUGCCCGCCAGAUUCUGCCCUGGACCCCGCUCGGCUCUGCCCGCCAGAUUCUGCCCUGGUCCCCGCUGCGCUCUGUCCGCCGGACGCUGCCCUGGACCCCACUCAGCUCUGCCUGCCGGACGGUGCCUUGGUCCCUGCUGCGUUCUGCCCGCCGAACGGUGCCCUGGUCCCUGCCCGGCUCUGCCCGUCAGAUGCUGCCCUGGUCCCCGCUGCACUCUGUCGGCCGGACGCUGCCCUGGUGCCUGUGUGUCGGCCACUGCAGGUGUGUGAGUGCCCUCUGGAUGGCGCUGUGCCGCUGGAGGACCUCAGCAUGUUCCCGCUGCCGCAGGGCGGAGGCUCUCGUCUGAUGCCGCCUGAAGCAUCACCCACUACCGACACACACUUCUCGUAUGAUGCAGCACAGCAGGCGGGGAUCGGCACGUUGGCAAUGCAGAUACACACACUCAUCUGCAGCUUCGAUGCGUACAGCGCCGCGCAACACACACACUCUCACCACACCUCCUGCUGGGCACCAGAGCCACUGCUGGACGAGGGCAUCAUCGACAGCAUCCUCAGAGAGCUGGACAGCACACACACUAAUGCACACACACUGAACUGAUGCACACACACUGAUGCACACACACUGAUGCACACACACUGACACACACACACACACACACAAACACACACUGGAGGAACUUUGACUGAUGUGUGCUUAUGAACAUGAAUGUUGAUUUCUGCAGUCGUGUGUGUGUGUGUGUGUGUGUGUGUGUGUGUGUAAACUAGGGAUGCACUGAUCCUAUUACUUGGAUCGGAUAUCGGUUCAAUACAGCAUAGUUUUGCUGGAACGGGUAUCAGCCAGCUGGUACUGAUCCAUAUCUGGUCGUGCGUGUGCGCUAUAUUCUGUGUUUGUGAGCCAGCAGUAGUCAGGAAGCAGCCGAUGGUAAGGCUCUAGCCAGUUGUCCUGUAGGCUGCUGUAUCCCACAUGUGCUGAAGCCGUUGUACAGUGUAAUGUGCAGCACAGGUGAAGGUUCACCUGGUCAUCUCAUGUUCAGUUCAGCGCUUUCCUCCGCUGCUCCUGUCAAUCAUUCUCCACUCAUUCACAACUCAAACUGCGUGUGGCGUUCAUGACCGCACGAACAACUCUCCAACACGAUUAGUUCUGUUAAUAUCAGUAAUGGGUGGAGAGACGCAUUCAGUUCUGCAUUCACUGGCUUCAUUUUGUCCUGCAGCGUGGAGAUUGCGUCGCUCACUGCAGAAGUUUUUCAAGUGUCGACGAAAGCGUCAGCCAAUAAGAUCGCUGUAUGCAAAUACACCAGCUCAGACAGUGGCUGAUUGCUGACUAAUUUCAUUGGCUGAUGCUGCUAUGACAAUCGCGUCAGCCUCAACUUCAGACACGCCCACUGUCAAGCGCUGAAGCUCCGUGUGAAUGUGGCACGCCCCCUUGUGGCAGUCGCACAGAAUUUUCAGUUCUGACGUGCACCAUGCUAAUCUCACAGUGUCUGAAAUAAAGGAGUGCAAAGCUAGAGCCAUCAUUCUCUGCGUUCACAGACAGAUUCAGAAUGAAUGAAUACUAGAAACUCAUAGAUCGCUGUAAACAUUGGAGGGAAUGUGGAGACAAUAAUACAAAUACAUAUUAUUAUUACUUUAUCGCUUGCAUUUAUGAACAGAAAUGUUGUUAUGUUUGAUAAUUUAGACUUUUUCAGAUUUAAAAAAUAACCAAAAACUCAUAUUUCUCAUCCCGUGCGCACGAACCUGCUGGUACAACACUGGAAUACGUCACCUCCGGUCGGCCGGUCGCAUAUGGCCUAGUCGCAGGAGUUCAAAUUAUUCAACGGAUCCGCAGCUCAGUUCUGAUCCAAAUUUUCCUCAUACGGAGAUGAUCAGAACAUUCGCAGCACUGGGUCAUCACCUGCUCUUCACACACACUGUAGGCCUAUUCCUGAAAGUUUAAAUAAGAAACGGCUCAACAGCACGCUGGACGGGUCCUCCACACACUGAUCUCUCCCCUUUCUGCUGCUGCUGGAGCGUCUGCUGAGAGCGGAGAGCUGCGCGCCGUCUCAGUGAUCAUCAAGCGCAGACGUGACGCGCGGCGCUCUGUAAGAGUAUUCUGAUGAAGAGUUUCUGUUCUCUCAUCCUUCUGCCUGAGUUUAUUGUGUGGAGGUGAACAUGCUCAGCGCUGAUGAUAGUGUGUAAAGCCCGGCUCACUGUGCUCAAAGUACUGACUACAUUAAUAAAAGAGAAGCGUCAUGUUUUAGUCAGACGCUGUCGUCUGUCUUACACAGUAGGCCCAUACGCCUGUUAUUUUGAUGAAGGAGGAUCUGUUAUUCCAGCACCAGAACCAUAGAAACUGCAUUAGGUUUAAAAAACAAACAGCACAGUAUCGGGAUCAGAUCUGUAUUGAUCGAGACACAGAAUUGUAGUAUCAGGAUCGGUUCCAAAAAAUGGUCUCAGUGCAUCCCCAGUGUACCGGGUCAAUAAUGAGCAUAUAUAUGCACUUACUGUACUGAUGCUCCUCUGCAGAGCGGGAGCCGGCUCCUCCUGAUCUGGUGUGUGUGUGUGUGUGUGUGUGUGUGUGUGUGCCCUGUGGUUCCUCUGGAUCUCUCAGCACAGUUGUCUGUAUCUCCUCUGUCCUCCUCCUCAGUGUUGGUCAGCGAUGCUCGCUGCAGUGUGUAUAGUUCAUAUAUUCCUGAUGCUUCUGUUUAUUUUUGUAUGAACUCUUAAUAAAGUUAUGAUCA